AUUACCAAACACCCAUCUCUCUUCACGUCAUACUAUUGGUGGACUGUGAAGGGCCAAAACGACCAAAGAGCCAAUGAGACAAGAAGGCAGAGGUGAUGGUCUUUAGAUCUUCACCAGUUCUUAGUCUGUUUCUUCAGAGAGAACGAUCGGCUGUGCGAGUGGGAGCUCCCUUCAGUCUCUGGUGUGACUUCUGUGUUUGCUUGAGUGUAUGACAAAAAAUAUUCCACAGGAUGUCUUCUCUAAAGGAGUUAUGCAGCGGUCUCCCUUUAGACCCUCUGCCUUCUAACAGGGGGAGAGACCCUGAUGUGCCUCACGCACCCAUCAGGACACCCAAUCUUACAGCAGACGAGGAACGGGUGAGGAAAUGCAAACUGUUUUGUUGUAGGUACAUUAUGUGAUAGUUGCUCAGAGUGAGAUACAAAUGUAUUUUGUUUCAAGAAAAUUACAGCUUAUUUAAUUAAAUUUAAUAAGCUGUAAAUUAAAUUAUUUUUUGUGGAAACUAACUAACUAACUUUUGCUUUUUAGGAAAACAAGCCAAAUGUGAUUUUAAGAUAAAAAAAAAAAGCCAUAUCUCUGAGGAUUUAGAAAGCAGCAAAUGGAUCAACAGACAGACAGUUACUUAACAGUCACUGAAUGUGUCAGAUGUGGGGGACACACUGUCAUUACUCUGUGCUGUGUACUCUGAUUUAUUGCAUCACUUUGGUUGGCUCUUGGUCCGUCUGAAAAUAUUUGAUCAUUCUCUAGGUCCUCUACUGAUUGCCCAAACUCAGAGCAAAGGCUCUGAGUAAAUGAUUUAAAGAGACAUAAUAAGAAGUCCUCCUGUUCAUUUAGGUGGUAGUGUAAAAGAUCUACUCAUCUACCAUACGGCCUUAUUUGAAAACUGGUUUGUAUUGUAGAGUGAGUCACUAAAAUGUGGUAAAUUUCUCUUCCUGUAGCUGGCGCUGAGAAAUGCCCUGCGUUAUUUUCCGCCCGCCCACCACGCCACACUUGCGCCGGAAUUUGCCCAAGAGCUGCGACAGUACGGCCACAUCUACAUGUACCGCUUCUGCCCCACAAUGCGCAUGAGGUGAGAAAACCACAUUUAUCUGAUUCAAAGCACCUGUGAGGAGCUUUCAGCUUGUGUCGAUUUUGGCGCCCCCUGUGGAUAUAGCAGGCUUUGCUUAUCUUGAUCCCUCCAGGCUCAAGUCCUAAUUUUUCUGGCUGAAGAUAGUCAAAUACUUCAUACAUUGUGAAUGUUUUGUGUAGGAAUUGUAAAAGCAGGUUUUAUUCUAACACCUUCCCCCUCCCUUUUGUAUCAGACACUAGAAAUUACGAUAUAAAAGUGAUCGUUCAUGUCCUCAAUGGUUUUGUUUGUCAUUCAUUCAUAUACAAGGUAAAGUGUUUUAUAGAGUUCAAAGCAAACAAAAACAUAGAAUAAUAAUAGCUUUAAAAGGAGUUUUACACAAAUACAGUAUAAGCAUUUAAAAUGAAAUGUAUUGAAACACAUUAAGAAAGAAAAAAUUAAAACGAGAUGUUAGGCGAAAAUAAGAAACCAAAACGUUAAAAAAUGUGUUUGAAUGUACUACUGAUCGGCAUAAAUAAAUAAUUGCAUGUCUGCUGUUGCUAUGGUGUUCUGGUACUUUGGAGUUAUACAAGCAAAGCCUAGGGGGGCGCCAAAUUCGACAGAAACUGAACAUUUUUUACAGGAGCUUUAAGUAAUUUUUUAGGUUAAACCCAGAAACACAUCUCUGCUCAUAAGAAAUACAAAGUUAGUCUACUAGGUUCAUAGUCCUUUUUACAGUGUUUUGUGUAAUUUGUCUUAAUUUCAGGACUGUUGUGAGAUAAGACACUACUUAGACUCCAGUGACUGUGUCUUUGUGUUUCAUCAGGGCUCACCCCAUAGAUCAGUACCCGUGCCGCUCCCGUCAGGCUGCCUCCAUUAUGCUGAUGAUCAUGAACAACCUGGAUCCUGCUGUUGCACAGGUGACACGGCUUGUAUGAACGCUUGUUCGAAGUAUCGAGUGAAUAGUUCCUUUGACAGCCAUAUGUUUCUUUAUCCCUCAGUUCCCUCAGGAGCUGGUGACCUAUGGAGGGAACGGACAGGUGUUCAGUAAUUGGGCUCAGGUAGGCCCUGAGUUUGCUUCAGUUCCCAUGUUGAGGUAGGACUUGAAAAAUUGAGCCUGAUAAGGAUGAAAACAUGCGGUUUGUGUGUUUUGUGUGUGAUUUAGUUUCGCUUGGUGAUGCAUUACUUAAGUGAGAUGACAGAGGAACAAACAUUGGUCAUGUACAGUGGUCACCCCAUGGGUCUGUUUCCCAGCCUGCCUUCUUCACCUCGAGCUAUCAUCACCAACGGCAUGGUAACAUCCCAAUACAAAAGUAAUAAACUGAUACUUUCAGUCCAUGUGGGUACCUACGUAAAUACUGACUUACUUUUUUUUCUCUCACCCCACAGGUCAUUCCUAAUUACUCCUCCAAAGAGCAGUAUGAAAAGAUGUUCGCUCUCGGUGUGUCCAUGUAAGUUUUAAAGAUUCUCGAGAGGGGUUGUCACUGUUUUUUUACCCUUUUUUUCUGCAUCCAAGUAGUUCCCGAUGGUGUGCUGAAUUCUUUGUUUUUGUUUGUUUGAUUUGAGGUAUGGUCAGAUGACAGCAGGCAGCUACUGCUACAUUGGACCACAAGGGAUUGUUCACGGCACUAUGGUUUGUGAUCUAAGGGAAAAAAAACUUUUUAAAUCGAACAGUCUGAGAAAAGAAAAUCAGCUACUGUUUUACCGUAAUCAUACAGUUUAAUCAAACCUAAGUUACAGUAUUUUACUAAUAUUUUUCUGUGCAGCUGACUGUUCUGAAUGCAGGCCGGCGGUACCUGGGUUCAAGUGACCUGAGGGGUCGUGUCUUUGUGACCUCUGGCCUCGGGGGCAUGAGUGGAGCUCAGGCUAAAGCUGCCGUCAUUGCAGGUUGUAUUGGUGUAAUUGCAGAGGUGAGCUGGUUAAUACUGGUUUCUGUUUAAUACUCACUGCUAAUGGGGAGAUAUGAAAGGAAAAGCUGUAUGUAAAUGUUGUUGUUAAAUGUGGUGUGUGUGCGUAUAUGUGUGUGUGUAGGUGGACGAGGCUCCUCUAAGGAAGAGACAUGAGCAGGGCUGGCUGAUGGAGGUCACCAGCAACAUCGAACACUGCAUUAAAUGCAUCAGGUACCAAACAGAAAGGAAAUUUCAGUGUGCAAAUCAUCAUCAAAAAUUACUGUAUUAUGCUCACUAUUACUCCACUAUUGUGCGUGCGUGCAUGCAUAUGUGUAUGAGCUCCUCUGAAAGUGCUUGAAACUUGCAGUCCCCCUCCAUUAAAACGUACAGACUUGCGCUUUCAAUGGGCAUUCACUUUAAUAAUAAAAAAGUCCCAGCCAAAAAAGUCAGAGCAAAGCAAUACUAUACAGUAAACUUACUGUAAAAGAUCUGCAUUAAGAUUAAAAUUACAGUAAAAUACUGUGAUCUAAAUAAAUAAAAGAAACUGAAAUAAAAAUUCAUUAUUCCAAACACAUUUGAAUGUAAUAUACAAGAUUAUCUUAGCUAGUAACAUGUUGUAGAUUAAUUUUAAAUGAAUUGGUAAAAAACUGGGUUAUAUACUAGAUUUCAGAGCAUGGCUGGUAUUUCUGAAGCAGUAAUAAACUAUACAAAUCACGACAGAAGUUACACUUCAGUUACAGUUACAAACGCGAGCCAGUGACUGUCUUUGAUUUGACUUACCUCAUCACACAUUUUAAGAAUGUGUUUUCAGAGGAUUUCUGUGUUAUCAGCCUUGUGAGGACCAAUGCGGAUAUGAGGUUAGUCAUUAUGAAAUGCCAUUAAUCGGCCCUAAUAAUGAGCUGACUGAUUAAUCAGUCUAUCUCUAUUAAGCAAUGUACAAUAGAAUUUAUUGACUAUCGUAUAGGCAUAGAUUAUCCUAUAACACUUAUACAAGAUACUUGUUGAAGCAAAAUGAGACAAGACAGUGGCUACAAGCUACCCUGGAACUGUUCAAAGGGAAAAAAAAAUCUACUUACCUGUAUUUUACUCUCAGUCGCUCAGACCCAAAUCAAAUGAGCAAAUGAAAUAAUGUCAGAUUAUAUCAGUAAUGAUGUUAACAGUUAAAAUAUAAGUUAAAAUUUUAUAUGCAGUACUUGAACGGGCUACAUUUGAACCUUGCUGGAAUAGUGUGAUGUUUUAUGCUCAGCAUGUUAGCAUCUCUCUGGAAUUUUGAUCACUUAAAAGAGCACUAUUUGAAGGUACAACACAUGGAAUAUUUUAUGUCUUUCAGGGAGGCCAAAAACUCCAAGACUGCCCUUAGUCUGGGUUACCAUGGCAACAUUGUAGACCUGUGGUAAGGAAGUGGUGAAAGUCGCCUGUUACCUCUGAUACCAGAAUCAGUGAAAGAACCACCUUCCUGCAGCAAACUUGUUUUUUGUUUUUGUGACCAGGGAGAGGCUGUUGCUGGAAUAUGAGAAGACGGGGGAGCUGCUGGUGCAUCUGGGCUCCGAUCAGACCUCCCUACACAACCCAUUUAAUGGAGGGUAUUACCCGGUCCAGCUCAGUUUCCGCCAGGCCAAUCAGCUUAUGGUGACUGAUCCCAGUCGAUUUCGAACCAUGGUCCAAGAAAGGUAAAGUUAAUCAUACAGAUGUUUUUUUCUUUUUUAAUAAAUUUACUGCGGGAUGUAGGUCGAUUGAGGUGGAGCUAAGAUGUGUUUUACAUUACAGCCUUCGGAGGCACAUUAUGGCCAUCAACAAGCUGGCUGAUGCUGGUAUGUUCUUCUGGGACUACGGCAACGCAUUUCUUCUGGAGGCCCAGAGAGCUGGUUUGUAUCUUAACUUCUAAACAAAAACACACAGAUGAUAUCAUUAUUUUCAUUCAAGGUAUGUCCUUACAUCAGAGAGCCUUGAUUUUUUAUUUUUAAAGGGGCAGACGUACAAAAAGUUGGUGGAGGAGCCACAGAAUUUCGCUACCCCUCUUAUGUCCAGCACAUUAUGGGGUGAAACACCUUUUUAUACUGUCUAUGUGUAAUCUUUCUUACAAAAAAACUACAGUAGAAACUCUGUAGUCCAUCACUACAUUUUAAGAGCUCUCUCUGCUUCUAUCUUUCUUACAGUGAUAUUUUCUCAUUGGGCUUUGGCCCUUUCCGCUGGGUUUGCACAUCCGGUGACCCUCAAGAUCUCGCUGAAACAGACAACAUUGCAGCCACUGUCCUGGAGGAAAUCAGUGCCAAUGUAUCUGAUCGCAUCGGACAGCAGUAUAAUGACAACAUUCGCUGGAUCAGAGAGGCUGGGAAACACAAGAUGGUCUGCAACUCUUCGGGCUACUGACAUCUGAAUAUGCUCUCCAUUGAUAAAAGUCUGGUGAAAAGAUGCAUUGAGCAAAAUGAAGAUUAUCUUUGUGUUUUGGUUAGGUUGUGGGAUCUCAGGCCAGAAUCCUCUACUCUGACCAGAAAGGAAGAGUCUGCAUUGCUCUGGCUAUAAACCAGGCAAUCGCUGAUGGAAGAGUCUCAGUAAGGGGAUGAAUUAUCUGCCAUGAAGAUUUUUCCCUGUAUACUGCAGUUUGCAUGAUAUCCAGAUUUCACUUGAGUCUAAGAGGUGCUUGAUGUCAUUUCUGUUGCUUAGGCUCCUGUGGUUAUAAGCAGAGACCAUCAUGAUGUUAGUGGCACGGACAGCCCCUUCAGAGAAACCUCCAAUGUGUACGACGGAUCAGCCUUCUGUGCAGGUAUGAAGUUCAGCAGAUGAACACAACCAGGAAACUUAAAUCAACAGUUCAAGACGACAAUCGUUAUACUGCAAACAGGAACAAAAAAUCUGCAUUCAGACAAAAAAGUCUCUCUUUAUUCAUAAAAAGCAGAACUACAGCUGGAAUACUUUGUAAUAAGUCAAACUUCAAGCUUACUUUUCUCCUCCUUGCAGACAUGGCUGUCCAGAACUUUGUUGGUGAUGCAUUUAGGGGUGCUACAUGGGUCGCUCUCCACAAUGGUGGUGGCGUUGGCUGGUAAAUUUGUACUUAUCAGAGGGAAUUUGACUGUCUUUGCACAAUCCUUUUAUUAUUUGAUAAAUGACUUACCUCUUCACUUUGUCAAUCUGUAUACUUCUUUUUUCUUUAAAUCUAUAGGGGCGAGGUGAUGAACGGAGGCUUUGGUUUGCUGUUGGAUGGCUCAGAGGAGGCAGCAAAGCGAGCCAGACUAAUGCUCAACUGGGAUGUCUCCAAUGGGGUGAAGAUGGGACGAUAUUGUGGAAAGUGGUCAAAUUACAGACAAUCGAUUUUCGCCCUAAUUCGUCCCUGUGUUCUGCAGGUGGCUCGCCGCUGUUGGUCUGGAAACUCCAAUGCCUAUGACACCAUCCAGCGUACCAUGGAGGAAAACAGGCAGCUGCGGGUCACAAUGCCAUUUCCUGUUCAGGAUGAACAUGUGCUUGACCGUGCUCUUCAGGGCUGAGCUUCACAUUAGCAUAGGUUAACUGUUUUCAUAGAGCCGCACUGAACUGCAGCUGUAAUCAUUCCAGUAGUGUUUGAAUCAGGUCUAAUGCAGCUGUUGAAAUCACACACUGGUGUUUUCCAAGACAAAAAAAUUCUCAUAAUUUGGUUGAGACUAUUACAUGUAACAUGUAACAUGUUAAGUAUUUACCGUGAACACAGAUUUGCACACUCAGAAUGCAAAGUAAACUGCAUUGUUGUGCCAGACUCUUUUACAUUAUUUAAUCUGCAGAUUAUUUUUAUCAUUUUGUUGUGCUGAAAAUUAAAGUGAAAAUCUGAAUAUGAA